GUGAAGCACAACGCGAUGGAGCGGAAUCCAGUCACGGUAGCCGGUGGAAAAAGUGGUGAUUCCAGUAAUCAGGACGAGAAACAGUACUCCAGUGCAGCGGAUUACAUGAGGAAUUUCAAGAACAUCAUAGCCCCGGGAAAUGAGGCCUCCAUGACCAGGGAGUUCAAUCCGCAGGUGGCCUACGAAUUCGAAAAGUAUCUCAAUCCCCUGAAGCUCAAGCAGCAUGUUCUCAAGAGUGAGAAACUGCGAUCCAUUAUAGAGCACUAUGCCAAGGAAUCGGGACAGCCCAUAAAGCAACUGGAACGCCAGGCCAGGGCGAUCAUUGAUGAAAUCGGUCUGGAGCGGAAUAUGGCCAUUAUUCGAUGGUGCGGAAUCGCCAUAACAGCGAUCGGCAAAAGGAUCUGCGAUGGAUUCUACGUCAAUUCGGCCAGCAUGGCCAACGUCCGCAAGGAUAUGGGCAAGUGCCCGGUGCUCUACCUCCCGAGUCAUCGAAGCUACAUGGACUUCAUCCUAAUGUCGUACAUCUGCUACUACUACGACAUCGAGAUACCAGGAAUAGCAGCCGGAAUGGAUUUCCACUCGAUGUUCGGCAUGGGCACCAUGUUGAGAAAAACGGGAGCCUUCUUCAUGCGACGUAGCUUUUCGAACGAUGAGCUUUACUGGGACAUUUUCCGGGAGUACAUGUACGCCCUGGUGGCCAAUUACCACAUCGGCGUGGAGUUCUUCAUCGAGGGCACUCGCUCCAGAAAUUUCAAAGCCCUGGUGCCCAAAAUAGGACUCCUUUCGAUGGCCCUGCUACCGUAUUUCACUGGUGAAGUGCCGGAUGUAAUGAUUGUGCCCGUAAGUGUGGCCUACGAGCGAGUCCUGGAGGAGCAACUGUUUGUUUAUGAGCUGCUGGGAGUGCCAAAACCCAAGGAGUCGACCAAGGGAUUCUUCAAGGCCCUGAAAAUCAUCGACGAGCGAUUUGGCAAGAUGUUCCUGGACUUCGGAGAACCGAUUUCGGUAAAGGAGUUCUUCGGACACGACAGUGGGCAGCGGAUGCAGCGAGCAGGCGUGGGCGGUCACCUCCAGAAGCUCAACCGCCAGGAGGUGGAACUGGUCAAGCAGCUGGCCAACGAGAUUAUCUACCAACAGCAGCGACGCAUUGUGAUCACCACCUUCAAUCUGUUGAGCUUGUACUACGCGAGUCAAUUGUAUGCCCAAAAGAGUGUAAACAUCGAUGAGCUGUCCCGGGGUGUUCUGCAUCUAAAGCGGAUCUUCGAGCAGCUGGGAGCCCAUGUUAGCACUACUCCUAGUAGCAUCAAGGCGGAUAUUAUAGAUGCCGUGGAGAUACACUCAAAUAUCCUGCAUUUUGCCACCGCCAGAUUGCAGUUUACGCCCAUGGCAGCCAAACAAUUGGCGGAACGGAUAGAUGUGAAGCGCAUGAAAGCCCACGCUCUUUGUCCACAAACCAUGGCGGUGGCUGUUCCCAUGCUGGCCCUGCAGCUCUACAUCAAUCCCUGCAUGUUUUGGCUGGCCAGACCGGCUUACCUGCUCCUGGCAGCGCUGAAGGAGCAGAGGAAUCAAAGGAAUCAAUUGACAGAAGACAUCUCGUACGAUGCCAGUUUAAGUGCCCUGCACUCGCAUGUGACCACCAUGGAUGCACUGUUCCAGCACGAGUUCAUCAUUGAGUCGAAUCGCGAGGCGGCCGAGUUUGAGACCCAUCUUCAACUGCUCCUGGACGAACGGGUGGUGGAGGUGGAGAAGAGCGGUAGGAUCAGGGUGCAGGACAAUGAGUGCUCGCAUGUCAUACUGGCUGCCUUGGCGCCAUUCCUAUGCCUCUACUACCAGCUGGUGGUCACGUUAAGAAAGAUUCCUUUGGAUUUCGAGUUCAGCAACAAGGAUUUGCUUGUUCGCGUCCAGCAGCAUGUGGAGCAGCUACUUCAGCAACCCGGAGGAUCUGCCUCCCACGUGCAUCCAUAUUGCCUGGCACUGGACAAUCUCAACAUAGCUAUCUACGCCCUGAUCCAGAGGAGCUACAUUCUGAAAUGUAAGGACUCGGGACAGAUGAAGAUCGCCGGCACUCCAGGAAAGUGCCUGCAGGAGCUGGAACGACAGCUCCUCGAGUACUGUCAAUUAAUGCCAUUCGCCCAAUACUCGACGGCGGCCAACCAGCAGGCGCAGUUUCACAUAGCCAAGUUAUAACUGGCAAAUGGCAAGAGGUCGGCGGGGCAGGCGGCUCCCAGGGAAGAGGAAACCGAUCUAAAUCCCGAUUCAGGAUCGAAUCCCAAACAGUGUAGUACAAUUAGCAUUUCAUUGCCCAUGCAGUUCAUCCAGUUUGUUGUCGGCCUGCUCAAGAAUUGUCGCAUCAUCUGCAUUUUGUUUUUCAUUGUGGUGGUGGCGCCGCUUUGGCAGCUGGUUCACUGGAUCAUCACUUCCUCCCAUUCAUUCACGUAGGCUUAGGGGUGUCUAGUUAGGAUGGAUCGAAUUAAAUAGUCGGAAAGAAAUUCUAAAAUAUUUAAUACAUCAAGGUACCUACGAAAUCUUACGAAUUUUUUCACUUUAUUUAAUUCAAUUAAAUUCUCUUUUAAAAACAAAAGAUAUUUGAACAAAAGUCUCUUUUAGAAUGAAGUAUUGCUCAUAUAUCAAUAUAAUCCCAUAGCUAUAAUUUGACAUUCCCCUUUUUAUAGUUUUUUAAAUAAGUUUUAAGACAAAAGAGAAAAUAAAUUAAAUUUUUGACUUUCCAUGACUUAAAAAAAAUCGGUCCAUCCUAGAAAGCGAGUGUAUCUGAGAACUAAAAGUAUAUAUAAGCUUAAAAACUGAUAUUUAUGUCAAGUUUGCCAUAAAAUACAAAUGAAAUUCACUAAAACGCCAAAACACAAACUUGCAAGAAAUCGAAUUUUGAUCAAAAACAAUUUGUAUAGAAAACCGGUUACUGGUAGAUCCCAUCGAAAUAUAUAUUUCAUAUAUUUUUUGCCAAGGACAUCUUAAAAUGUUUUCCAACAAAACAUGACACAAAAAUGCACAAUUUCAAGAUUUUAAAAGAUCAAUUAGUUAAGAUCUUGCAAAGGUUUGAAGAUUUUUAAACUAGCAAGAAACAUUUUCAAUAUUUAGUUAUAUCGUUUUUUAUUUGUUCCAAGCGAGAUAUUAACUUUUUAAAUCAUUUCGAAUUAAUAAUCUUUUUCACAUUUAACAUAAUUAGGCACAAAUUAUUUAAACUAUUCUUUAUUGGCAAAAGUGUGACGGAUUUUGUAAUUUUAAAAUUCCUUUAAAUCGUUUAAGUUGUUGUACAAUGUAAGCUGGUGUUACGUUUGUGUUUCAUUUUAUAAUCAUAAGUUGGUUAUGUUCAUCAUCCCCGGAGUUAUUUUUAAAUAUUCUAUUGUGCCAAUACAAAAGUCAGCACCUCAAAGAAAAAAUUACAAGGCAACAAUAAAACUUGCCACUAGAUAUUUAUAAAAAAGGUUGAUUCAGACGUGAUCCCAUUUGCGUUCAAAUCCGCUUAUUCCUAAAGAAAAUAGCACAAAAAUGUCCGAAAUGUGCAAAACAAAUAUUAUGUAUUAUGAUAUUUUUAGACAUUGUUUGGUUUUAUUUUAUAUUUAUAUAGAUUUUAAAAAGAGAAAACAACACCGAUCCUAACUUCACCCGCUAGUAACUAAACCAACAAAAAAACAGAGCAAUAAUAAAAAUGUAGUCGGUGUCGAUUGCACCCCAGAAACUUAAA